UGAGAGGCGCUAGAGGCAGAAGGUGGUUACUGAGAGAAGGCUGAAGGCAAGAAGAGCAGCAAGAGUGGUUUUCUGGAUGACAUUCCCAAGCCAGAAGCCUAGGGCUGGAGGCAGGAGGACUAGAGGAUAAGCUUUCAUGGAAUUAGUGGGGACUCUGAAAGGGGAAACUGAGGCAAGCAUGCCUUUCCUGCUGCAGUCUGCCUCAUGACAAUGCCCUAGGUGGUGCUACAAUACAUCCAGUGAUAUCCAUCAAAGAAGGGUCCUUUUCAAUUUUGCAGGGGAAAGACACAGUACUCUAGACAACAAGGCCAACAUUUUCAAAAGCAGCCAGGGCUUCAGUGUGCCACAAGUUUGCACCCCAAAAUUGGCAGCCACUCUGGAAAAGGUGGAUCUAACCAUCUGUAACUGUCCAGCCUGGGUGCCAGGAGGCCGUUAGUCAGUGGAGAAGGCGAUGAGGGACUGGACGUUGCCUGACUGCAGUGUGGACAAUAAACGCACCCAUGUGGGGAGCGCGCCCCUGAUAUGCUGGGUGAUGGAUUUCCAGGCUCUCACUUUAAUCUGCUGCUGCUGCUGCUUUCCCCUCAUCCUGCCCGUUACCCCAGAUGUCGUUUGUAAACCUGGCUGCCACCCAGUGAAUGGAUUUUGUGAAAGUCCUAGUGAAUGCAGGUGUCAACCUGGGUGGCAAGGACCUCUCUGUAAUCAGUGUGUUCCUUUUCCUGGUUGUGUGCAUGGCAGCUGUGCCAAACCAUGGCAAUGUGUCUGUGAAGAAGGAUGGGUUGGCAGCCUCUGCGACAUAGAUAUUCACCCAUGUUCUUCAAAACCCUGCACCAAUAACUCAACAUGCAUAGAGACUGGAGAUGGAGGAUAUAUUUGUUUGUGUGCCAAGGGAUUUACAGGAAAAAACUGCCAUCUGAAAAAAGGACCCUGCAUUAUUAAUGGCUCUCCCUGUCAGAAUGGGGGAACAUGUGUUGAUGACAAUGGAUUUGCGCCUCAUGCCUCCUGUUUGUGCCUUCCAAGUUUUGCUGGCAAUUUUUGCGAAAUAGAUGUAGAUGACUGUGAACCCAACCCAUGUGAAAAUGGAGGCACGUGCACGGAUAUUGGUGGAGGCUUUAACUGUCAUUGCCCUAUUGGCUAUAUGGGCAAAUCCUGCAGCAGCCGUGUCAUAUUUUGUGCUAGCAGCCCAUGUGAGAAUGGAGGAACGUGUCAUGAGCAUCCUGAAGGAGGAUUUGAAUGCAUUUGUAAGCCGGAAUUUGUUGGUGUAACCUGCACAUAUCUCAACGGAAACACAAGUCUCCAUGGUGUGAAUACAGAUGCCAAACACGGGCAGAGUUAUAAUCUACCACCAAACGCUCAUCCAAAGUCAGUACCUCACCAAGAACAUAAAGUCUUGAAGAUAACAAUGAAAGAAACAAUCCAAAACACAGACCCCUUGCUUAAUAAAAGUCAGGUGAUAUGUUUCAUUGUGCUAGGCUUGCUUACAUGUCUUGUUGUGUUGGGUACAACUGCGAUUGUAUUUUUUUCCAAAUGUGAAAUGUGGCUUGCUAAUGCCAAAUAUAGCCAUCUCCUACGCAAGAAAAAGAAUUGCUUUCUUCAAUCUAACAAUGGGGAAAACCUUUCAGUUAACAUAAUUUUCCCAGAGAAGAUCAAACUCACUAACUACACCAAGAACUACACCGCCAUCUAGGCUCCUGGAAAGCCUUGCAGCAACUUCCAGAGUUUUGUAGCAAUAUGUAAAGUUUAUUGAACUUGUUACUUGUGCCUGGCUUUGAUGUUUGUGCAUACGUUUGCUGUAAUUUGUGCUGGGAAGAACAGAAUAAAUAUGUUGUAUCUGUGUUGCCAAGUGAAUUUCUCACUCCCAGAAUAAAACUUUAACAUAAUCAGAUUACAGAGCAAGGGAUGUUCAUUUGAAUUUUUUUUAUAUGCAUCUAUAUUUUGUAAAAUAAAAAAUUUGC